UGAUUUGCCGAGGAUGGAGGACGCCAUCUGUCGUCGGCACAUCAUUCACCGUCUCAGCUGUCACAUGACAGUCAUGUGACAGCUCCAGCAAUCAAUACUGGCCCCGCGCACUGAGAGGAUUAUCUCCAGUGGAACAUGGACAAGGGCCGUCAAAUGAAAGCUCUGAUAUGUAACAACAACUUCCUGUGUGUGUGUGUAGACAGAGGAGUGCGUGUGGAGGCCAUGGCGAAGACGCGUGUUUCGUUGGAGUACUCGGAGGCGGAGGAUCGCAGCAUCCGGCUGGGAUUGUUCCUGAUGGCGUGCGGGGUGCUGAGUCUCUUCAUCCUGGGAUUCUGUUGGCUCAGCCCCGUUCUGCACAGCCUGCACAGCACGAGCGCCAACUGCACCGUGGUGUCGGUGCUGCGUGCGGAGGAAACGUUCGAGUGCGUGUUCACGUGCGGGGCGGCCUGCAAGGGGACGUCGCUGUAUCCGUGCCUGCAGGUCUUUGUCAACAACUCGGAGUCGUCGUCCUUAUCGCUGCUGCACUUUGACGAGCAGCAGCUGCUUCUGAACCCCAAGUGCUCGUACGUGCCGCCGUGCGAGCGUGACAACCAGAAGAACCGCGAGAGCGUGCUGCGGUGGGAGGAGUACUUCGGGCGGCAGGUGUCGGGCCAGAGCUUCACGUGCUUCUUCAACCAGCACAGGAGGCCCGACGACGUGCUGUGGCGGCGCUCGCACGACGCCAGCGUGCUGCUGCACUGCGUCCUGUGGCCCGUGGCGGCGCUGCUGCUGGGCGCGCUCAUCGUGCUGCUGACCGUGUGCGCACGCUCCCUCGCCGCACGCGCCGAGGCGCUCCAGAACAGGAAGUGCGCCUACCAUCCGUGGCGGGAGGCGACGACCCGCUGCCUGGGCAAACCCUCGGACCCCAACUCUGACCCGGUGCUGCCGUCGCCGUCCAGGCCGCUGUUCUCGGUGCGGCGGCGAGAGCGCUGACGGCGGCUUCCUGGAGUAGCGUUCUGAGAUGUAGCGUCACAUGACCCUGUCGACACCUGCUCUUCAGCACUUUUAACUCAGGCCACUUCCUGUUUGUCUGUCCUUGGCUCCGCCCUCUUUCUGCACCAUGUGACCAGCUAGCCUGCAGUGCCUCGCCUUUGAAUAAAAGCCUUGCAGGCAUUGGGGGAUACUUGUGAAGUACUUUAGUCAGGUGGUACACGGUGUACAUUUGCAUGGAGGUGGGAGUAUAUUUACAUCAGGUGACAUUUUAAAUAGGAGUGAAAUAUCCGUUGAUAAAAUAGAAAAAUAAAUGGCUCUUUCCUUGCUAGCUAGAGGCGGCGUCUUCAUCCCGCCAGCUCGCGCACGCCCAGCGCCCCCGUGCGGACCAGCUCUGGAGGGCAAACAACAGCGGGACAUGUUGACAUGGUUGCCGCGGCGAUGGCGGGAUGCAAGCGGCAGGGGGACUUCUCACCGCGACACAAGUCCGGGUCGAAGUUCUCGUAGAGCGGGCUCUCCUGCUGGCUGCGAUGCUUGCGGGCUCGGAGGACGUCGCGGACGCACUGGUGCAGGAAGGCGUACUGGUUCUGCCACAGGAAGCGGACACGCUCAGCGCGCCUGCGCCGCUA